AUGAAUGACAGAGGAUUGCCAUUGUCGUCGCUCUCUGAAGAUGCUGCUAAGAGCAAGAACUUGGAGAAAGUACUGUCAGCUACGAGUACUAGCCACUCGGAGCCCGCUUUGAGCGGGAUGGUGAAGAAACGGCGUUAUUCGAAGAAGAAGCACGCGUCUCCAGCAAGAGAACGUCCAAAGAGGUCUUCCUCUUUGAAAGUGGAUUACGAUUUGAAGAAGAGGAGAGUGAUAUCAUCAGAUGAUUUCUACAGCGACAAAAAGCUAAGAGAGCUACGGUUGCUGAAUAUGAACCACUUCAGCUACAAAUCAAAGCAGGGAGGGCUCUUGCCCAACGGGGGCAGCAACGGUAGUUUUACAGGAACAACGGAUGCUGCCACCAACAACAACAACAGUACUGCAAAGAACGUUGAGGCCGAUAUCAUAAAUGGGGCAACAGGGCUGCCCUUGAGUGCUCUACCUACUGACAAGAUAAAAAAGGAAAGACUGUGGAAUUUCAAGAAAAGCUCUCCCUCAGGGUCGACGGCACUGUCCUUGCUUUCUGUGAGAAAGGGAUCGCUGGCUACCUCGUCCCCAGCAGACUCGCUGAAGGAGGUAUUGGAUCUGACUAGACCGGAAGUCGCAGCAGACGAGGAUACAGUAGAGUCGCGAUUGUACCAACCUUUGUUAAAGACGGAAGAGUCGCGUCCGCUGACCAAACCAAGUAAUAUACGCUCGUCCCACAAUCUGCAGGAUGACGAGGCGGAGGAAGACCUUCUCUCAUACGACGAUGACACAAAGAUGGGUGUCGCACAUGCUCAUGUCAAUACGCACGUGAAAUCGAAGCCGUUAUCAUCUAAGAAUAAACUGUUCAAUCAGAACUCGUUCAACGUGGAGGUGAAGGAAGAGGAGAAAAAUUCUGAUUUCUCUAAAGUUGAGGAGAUCGAAAACGACGAUUUCUGCUCCGCGUGCUUACAAAGCGGCUCGUUCCUUUGCUGUGAUACAUGUCCCAAGUCAUUCCACUUUCUUUGUUUGGAUCCUCCAAUCGAUCCUAGCAAUCUUCCAGAGGGGGAUUGGUCUUGCCCGAGCUGUGAGUUUAAAUCGCAAUACGCUACAAACACUCAAUACAAAAAGGGCCAAAAGCAAUUUAUUCAGGAGGCAGCAGAUAACGGUACCAACAAGCUUUUCAGCAAAUUACUUUUCCAACUUCAAGGAUUUAAUCCAAAACAGUUCAAUUUACCUCAAUCGGUAAAGGAAUCGUUUCCGGAGGUUAGCACGGGGGAUAGGGGCCAGUAUACUGACGACACAAUGAGAACGCCCCUUACAGAGAAGCAGAUGUUUAACUCGCCGUACGGCCAAAGCAUAACCAAGUUAGACUCUUACUGCCCAGAGAAUCACUACAUCGAUGAUAAUUCAGAUACCACUCCUGACAGAUUCCUGCUAUGCUACAAGUGUAAAACUACCAAGUUUGGAACGUGGGAUCAUCCGGGGAAUGCGAGGUUGCUGAUUAAGUGCGACUACUGUCAGACCCCAUGGCAUCUAGACUGUAUCCCAGACGUACCUCGAGCAUCUUUGAAAAUCCUGGGCUACAAGUGGCGCUGCCCGUUGCACGCAAACGUAAAGCAACAGAGAAGGCUGAAUAAAAGGCAGCAAAAAUAUCUGGAACCAUCACAACCUUGCGGCUACAAAAAUACCGGUGAUAUCGAAAUAGUACUGGAUGAGAUCUCGUCGCCUGAUUACAAAGCGAAGCCUUCAGACCUGGGCCAAAUGGAACCCGUCCCGCUCUUGAAAGAGAGCGGUAUCAAGCUAGAUUUCAUGGAUAAGAUAUACAAUUACCAGAAAUCAAUGAGGAAAAGUGUUUUCAAACUGCAAGAAAGACUCCUCGAUCGGAUAAUUUCUAAUUCUGAGGACUGUGCGGAGCUUAAUGAAAUCUCAUCGCUGUUGUAUUUUAAGUACUGCAGCGUGCCCUCCCAACCUUUGAAAAGUUUAUGGGACUUUAAGGAACUUUGUUUUAUUGCUGACAAGGAAUUAGUACCUCCAACGAAUAAGGGAAGCAAACAGAAAGAGAGUGUACCACCCAAGGAAGACGAAGCAAUAAGCCAAAAGAACGCUUCAGAUAUUUGCAUAUCAUCCGAAGAAGUUAGCCAAUUGUUACUCAUAAAGAAAAUUCUGGAAACGAAACGUAAGGAUGAAGUGAUGAAGUUUUUUGACUUGAAAUAG